GGCCUAUGUAAAGAGCACUAAAAAUUCAGGUGAAGGAAUUGUAGAUGCGAAAUUUGGUAUCCCGUGGAUGCUUGACACGGGUAGGUGCCUCAUACCAUAUGGCUGGCUAGAGCAAAAUUCUUGCUCUCCGAUUUACAGCCUAUCUCAACCUCACCCGUCACUUUACCCAAUGGGGAAGUAACAGAAGCAACACAUUGCGGACGGGUGAAAUUGGGGCCAGGAAUAUAUUUGAACAAUGUUUUAUAUGUUUGUGUAAUCUCAUUUCGGACCUCACAUUGAAGACGCUGAUUGGAGCGGGUGAGCGCCGUGGUGGGGUCUACUAUUUGUGUGGUAUAGGGCGCAUCAAGAGUGGUUCGUUUGCUUCCCGUUUCUAUCAAGAAUUCUGUUAGUAAUAAUUGUUUUAAUAAAGAUUGUGAUGUUUGCAUGAGGGCUAAACAGACACGUGAAUGCUUUCCCGUUAGUACCAACCGUGCUUUAAAUAUAUUCGAGUUGAUACAUUGUGAUGCUUGGGGGCCAUAUCGGGAACCUAGUACUUGUGGAUCUCGUUAUUUUUUUACACGAUUAUUCGCGGGCGACAUGGGUUCAUCUUAUGACUGAAAAAUCCGAAGUUCCAUUAAUCAUGCGGCGAUUCUUUUCUAUGGUGAAAAAUCAAUUUGAUACUCGAGUUAAAAUUGUCCGGGCCGAUAAUGGUACAGAAUUUCAUUCAUCCUUUGCGCUCUUAUUUUCAAGAAGAAAGUAUUUUAUUUCAAACUUCAUGCGUUGGCACACCUCAACAAAAUGGACGUGUUGAAAGAAAACAUCGUCACAUUCUCAAUGUUGCCCGUGCUUUAAGAUUCCAGGCAAAUUUACCUAUUCAGUUUUGGGGAGAUUGUAUUUUAAUUAAUGGCACUCCAUCUUUGAUAAAUGCUGGGAAAACACCAUAUGAAAUGUUGUAUAAAAUUGCUCCUUCUUAUGAUGAUAUUCGGGUGUUUGUGCUACGUUGCAUUUAAAGACAAGGACAAAUUUCAAGAACGUGGUCGCAAGUGUGUGUUUUUGGGUUAUUCGUAUACACAACGAGGAUGGAUUUACAGUCCAAGAUGCAUUUUGUUUCGAGAGAUGUACAAAUCGUGGAACACGUUUUUCCUUUCUCCACUUUGGAAUCUGAAUGUCCCACGUCUAUAACUCCAUCCCAGCCAAAUUAUUUGCCUCAUAACAAUAUUGAUGAUGAGGUGACCUCAUGGAGUGGAGCCUUUGAACACAUGCAACGUUCUUCUUUGGAUAAUGCACGUUGACCAGCAAAGUUCUUACACACACUGUGCCCCACAAGCUGACAUACUUGAUGAGCGUCCACUUGAUACCGCACUGCCAGAUGACUCCACAAUUGGCGGCCAAUCUCUCUCCCCACGUGGACGCGGUCAUCGAAAGAAGACUCCUUUUGUACGCCUUAACGAUUACGCGACCUCUUAUGCCGCUCAAGUAGACCCCCCUCGUCACUUCUCCUUCGGUGGCCUCAGGUACUUCUUAUCCCCUUGCUUAUUAUGUUAAUUAUAACAAUUUUUCUGUACACCACCGAGCUUUUCUUGCAGCAACUUCAGUUGAAAAGGAACCUUCUUCCUAUCGGGAAGCUCGUCGUGACCCGCGUUGGCGCGAGGCUAUGCGUCUUGAAAUUGAUGCACUAGAACGAAAUGGGACAUGGUCUUUAGUUGAAUUACCCACUCAUAAAAAGCCUAUUCAUUGCAAAUGGGUCUACAAAAUUAAAUAUAAUAGUUCUGGCUCUAUUGAACGCUUUAAAGCUCGAUUGGUUAUUUGCCCCUGUUGCCAAGAUGACUACUGUCCACACUCUUCUUGCCGUUGCUGCCUCGAAACGGUGGGAACUUCAUCAAAUGGAUGUUGAUAAUGCUUUUCUUCACGGAUCUCUUGAUGAGGAAGUGUAUAUGUACCCACCGCCGGGUUUCACUUGUGCACAACCUCGCCUUGUGUGUCGUCUCCGUCGUUCACUUUAUGGUUUACGCCAAGCUCCAAGGUGUUGGUUUGCGAAACUUAGCGCAUGUCUGCUAAGUUAUGGGUUCAAGCGGUCCUAUGCUGAUUAUUCUUCAUUUACUAUGCACAAAGACAAUGAUUUCUUAUGUGUUCUUGUCUACGUUGAUGAUCUUCUUAUUGCCGGCUCGAAUUCUCACACCAUUGGUCUUUUAAAAGCUUACCUUGCUAACUGUACGUUUUCCUAUUAAAGAUCUUGGCAGGCUCAAAUAUUCUUUGGGGAUUGAGGUGGCUCGUAAUUCUACCGGCAUUUUUUUUUAUCUCAACGCAAAUAUACUUUGGAUAUUCUUGAAGAGCUCGGUCUCUCAGGUGCUAAGCCCUCCUCUUUUCCCAUGGAGCAAAAUCAAAAACUAGCCUUGUCCCAGAGUUCGUAUCUUUCUACACCUGACUCCUACCGACGUUUAGUUGGGAAGCUUAUAUAUUUAACUUUAACUCGCCCUGAGUUAAGUUAUUUUGUUCAUGCUCUUGCUCAGUUCAUGCAAAAUCCUCGCCAAGAUCACUGGGACGCUGCCAUUCGGGUUCUUCGAUAUCUCAAGGGCAGUCCUGGUCAGGGUACACUACAAAAAAACCUUCAUUUAGGCACUUAAAUUUGGCACCAAAAAGUGUGGUGACUAUACUCACCACCUUUGUCACCUAAACUUGAGUGACUAAAUUGAAAGUAUUUUUCACCACUUUUCUCACCUAAAUAAUUAGUGAAAAAAUCAAUGACCGAUUCAAUCUACCGGCCUGCGGGAGUUUGUUAGUCGAAGCUAUCCAGUGUCGCAAGUUUAGGAUCAACAUUAUUUUUGUGUAUAUAUAUUAGAUUAAUCCUUAUAAUUUUACAAGAGUGAUUUCUCUUUCACUUGAAUUUUUUUCUCCUUCCACCUCCAAGCACUCUAAUGUUUUACAUUAGAAAAGAAAGUCAAUAUUAUAUAGCUCCUUGCUGCUAAUUUAACUUUGAAGCUGAUUAAGGAAGAUCGGACGAAAUGUGAACUCAAGUUGAAGAACAAUUCUUCCAUUAUUCACACCAUAUUCAAUUCCCUACAAUGUACAAACGUGCUAGGAGUUGGAUGUAUCAUAACCACUUACAAAAUAAUGAUUUGUCCGAUGAAUUUGAAAGUGGCGUUGAGGAUUUCAUUACAUUUUCACGUGCGAAUCCGACAUAUAUGGAUGGUACUAAAAUAAGGUGUCCAUGUAAAAAUUGUAAGAACAGGGCAUAUAAAGAUCCAGAAGAUGUUCGAUGGCACCUAUACAAAUAUGGAUUUAUUGAAAAUUAUUUUAAUUGGACAUCACAAGGUGAACCUAUUCAUGCUGAGCGCUUCGUUGAACGAGAGAAUUUAUUGGCCGCUAUGUCUGGCAACAGUUCCACUCAAUGGAAUGAUUAUGAGAAUAUGAAUUGGGAUCAAAGGAUGGUAAACGAUGCUAUUGGUGGGCAUAAUGUUCCAGAGCAUUAUGAUAGCUCUCCAAACACGAGUGAUGAAGGUCCCAGUGAGUCAUUUUCAGCACCAAUCACAAAUGACUCUCCAGAUCUUUUUUUUUCGUGUGCUUGAAUCUGCGGACCGACCUCUUUAUGGAUGUGGUACAAAGUUCUCACAGCUAUAAUUUGUGUCGAGAUUAAUGAGCAUCAAGGCUGAUCAUAAUUGGUCAGAGGCUAGUGUGACCGAACUUUUGUUAUUGCUUAGAGAUGCUCAUGAAGGCCCUAACACCAUCCCAGAGAGUUUUUAUGCGAUGAGAAAGUUAGUAUCAGAUUUAGGCCUCCCUGUCCAUCAUAUUGACACUUGCAGAUCGGGAUGCAUGCUGUUUUGGAAAGAUGACAAGGACUUACACCAUUGCAAGUUCUGUGGAGAAGAAAGAUACAAGAUGCAGAAAGGUAUAGGAGAUGGUGUUACACAUAAGUUGACAGCUGUAACCACGCUUCGAUAUUUGCCACUUGCACCAAGGUUACAAAGACUAUAUGCUUCUGUUGUUACUGCGAGUGAAAUGUCGUGGCAUAAGAACCACGGAUCACAAGAAGGCAUGAUGUGUCAUCCAUCAGAUUCACCGGCAUGGAAGCAUUUUGAUACCACAUAUCCUAGAUUCGCUAAAGAGGCACGCAAUGUUCGUUUAGGGUUAUGUACUGAUGGAUUUGCACCACAUGGACAAUAUGGUAAAAAUUAUUCAUGUUGGCCAGUUAUUCAUGGACAAUAUAGUCGUCGUUCUUUAACGGGUUAUCUUGUUAUGCUUGGUCAUUCACCUAUAUCUUGGAAAACCAAAAAGCAACUCACUGUUUCCCGUUCGUCUGCCGAAGCUGAAUAUCGCUCCAUGGCCACUUUAGGAUGUGAACUUCUUGGCUUCGCAACUUACUUUCUUCUCUUGGGUGCUCGGCUUCUUCGCCUAUGACUGUCUACUGUGAUAAUAAAGUUGCACUUCACAUUGAGAUUGAUUGUCACUUCAUCCGGGAUCUAAUACAGAAUGGCUCUUUGGUCUCUCGGCAUAUACCUUCAGCACACCAGUUAGCCGAUAUUUUUACUAAACCAUUAGGCGCUCAACAAUUCCGAUAUCUUAUGCACAAGUUGGGCGUUUUGGAUCCCUCCGCUCCAACUUGAGGGGUGUUAGCAGACUUUCUUCCUAUUACAUAUACGGAGUACAUUGUUUCCAUCUUUACAUCCGUUUGGAAUAGGAUGUAUAUUUAUUUUCUAUUUUGUAAUCAUUAUUUAAUCAUUUCCUGGUCUAGAAGCUACAGUCAUUACAGCUAUGCAUUACAAUAGGAAUAGUUUAUUUUCUUUCCUUUUUGAUCACUGCUGUAACGUGUAUAUAUGUAAUUUUAUAUGCAUGCAAUAG